AUGAGAUUUCCUCUCAAGUUGAGCUUUGACCUGUCCUCUCAAGUUGAGCUGCUCUCGCAACCUGUGCUGUCCUCGCAAGCCGUGCUGUCCUCGCAAGCCGUGCUGUCGUCGCAAUCCGUGCUGUCCUCGCAAGCCGUGCUGUCCUUGCAAGCUUUGCUGUCAGUGCAAGCUUUGCUGUCGGCGCAAGCUGUGGUGUCCUCCCAAGUUGUGCUGUCCUCGCAAGUUGUGCUGUCCUCUCAAGUUGUGCUGUCCUCUCAAAUUGAGCUGUCCUCUCAAGUUGAGCUGCCCUCUCAAGUUGAGCUGCCCUCUCAAGCUGAGCUGCCCUCUGAAGUUGAGCUGCCCUCUGAAGUUGAGCUGCCCUCUCAAGUUGAGCUGCCCUCUCAAGUUGAGCUGUCCUCUCAAGUUGAAUUGUCCUCUCAAGUUGAGCUGUCCUUUAAAGUUGAGCUGUCCUCUCUAGUUGAGCUGUCCUCUCAUUUUGAGCUUUCCUCUCAGGUUGAGCUGUCCUCUCAAGUUGAGCUGUCCUCGCAAUCUGUGCUGUCCCCGCAAGGUGUGCUGUCCCCGCAAGCUGUGCUGUCCCCGCAAGCUGUGCUGUCCCCGCAACCUGUGUUGUCCUCGCAAGCUGUGCUGUCCCUGCAAGCUGUGCUGCUCUCUCAAGCUGUGCUGUCCGCGCAAGCCGUGCUGUCCUCGCAAGCCGUGCUGUCGUCGCAAUCCGUGCUGUCUUAG